CAGUGUCUGGCACAUAGUAAGCGGUUAGCAAAUACCAUAAUAAUCAUUAUUAUUACUGUUAUUCACCGGGGAGGCUCUCUGGACUUGGAGGGCUUGUCUGGAUCCCAACCCUUCACCCUGGAAGUGCAGACCAAGUUCAAGAGACACACCGGCCUUCGCUCUUUAGGAAUAAGGAGAUGAAGCAGACUUUAAUCAGGCUAACAGGAGGUUACAAAGUUGUAACAACAUAAGGUUCAGAGAGCAUAAAAUUAAAUCCAGUCACACGUGGCAAAUCUCCCGCCGGCUGGGCACCGCUCCCCCUUAAACUCGAAUCCACAUCCCCGGAUCUUCCCCACACAUUUAUCUGUCUUUGGGCCGUAGCCCUGACUAGGUGGCUUCCAUCUGCCCUCCCCCGGCCCCCGGAACUGUCCGUGGCAGGGUGCCACCCCAUUCUCCCCCGCCUUGCCAGGAGGUGUCUUGUCCCUGGGUUUCAUCCCAACCUUGCCCAGGUGCCAAGCUUGUUUUUCACCCUUUAGGCCAGAUGGCGGAAUCUCAGGCCUGCCACGGCUCUACCCCUCUGCCUUCCUGCUGCUGCUGGAUGGAUGCAGGCUGGGCCCAGGGUGGCGGGGAGAUGGCAGGCCCGGAGGUCCAGGCCUACAGUUUAUGGUUCAAAAUCCACAUGUUUAACGAAGCAUGUGGAUUAGCCUAUUAGUUCCCAGCAACCUGGCUGGACCACCACCAGGUGAACACACACAAACACAUGCACGAAGACACACAGCCCAACAGAGGGGAAUGGCUUAGCUGGGAAGGUCACGGUCUCCGGAAGAAGGAAUGCAGCGGUGGGCGGGUGAGGGAGGCGAAGACCAGUUCCCCGGGCCUCCCCGUCCCGGCUCAGAGAGGGAGACUCUGGGACAGGAGCCGGCUGGGCCCCGGCUGCAGCUGCCAAGGACGGAUGCGCAGAAGGGGAGCCGGCCGGCGGGACACGGAGCAAGAGCAGCAGGAGGGAUUGAAGCCGGGUGGCAGGGAGGGGUCUCUCAAGCUGGAGGGAGAGUUAGACUGCAGCAGGAGAGAGCAAAGGGAAGUAGGAAAGAGGACUUCCCGAAAGAAGACGGGGAAGCCUGGAUGGGGAGGCAGGAGGCAGAGAAAGACACAAACAGUUCCGAAGCCAACGCUCGAGAUUCAGUCUUCACCCAGUCCGAUCACCAGCGAUGGCCAAAAUUGAAAUCCAGUCGACGCCAGCCGUGGGAACCGACGAAAGUCACGGGGGCCAGCACCAGAGGAGAGUGGGAGGAGCGGCCACUGGGGCAGGAUGAGAUUGAAGAACUCCGGGAGGCCUUCUUGGAGUUCGACAAGGACCGGGAUGGAUUCAUCUCCUGCAAGGACCUGGGCAAUCUCAUGCGGACGAUGGGCUACAUGCCGACCGAGAUGGAGUUGACCGAGCUGGGCCAGCAGAUCCGCAUGAACCAGGGCGGGCGUGUGGACUUCGAAGACUUCGUGGAGCUCAUGGCGCCCAAGCUUCUGGCGGAGACGGCGGGCAUGAUCGGCGUGCAGGAGAUGCGGGACGCCUUCAAGGAGUUCGACACAAACGGGGACGGCGCCAUCACUCUGCUGGAGCUGCGGCAGGCCAUGCAGCGGCUCCUGGGGGAGCGGCUCAGCGCCCCCGAGCUCGCCGCCGUCGUGCGGGAGGCCGACGUCAACGGCGACGGCACGGUGGACUUCGAAGAGUUUGUGAAGAUGAUGUCUCGCUGAGCUGACGUCCCGCCCGCCAAACGCCCGGGACGGAGCCGGAAAGAAGGGCCGAGGCUCUGAUCCUCCCCGUCCCUGCCCCCUUCCUCACGACCCCCGAUCCCCCUCCUCCUGAACCCUGGAGACGGUAGAACGGGGGGAGAUAUUAGCCUCUGGUUCCCCUUCCCUUAGGGAAGUCCUUCCCCACAGUCUCACUUGCCUCCUUCCUGCUGCUGAAACCAGUUACAUCCUCUGGGGCUUCCUGCUCAGGAGCUGGGGGUCCACGGACCCUUCCUUUCACGUGUGGCCCCCUUUAAGGGGUCCUCUCUCCUCUGGUUGAAGGAAGCCCACCGACCCUAAAUAAUAAUGAUGACAAUAUUGGCAUUAAGCC